AGCGCCACUGAGCACAUUAUAUGUGAAAAUCUAAAUCUAGUAGUAUUUAUAUAUGUUAUCAAUCAAUUGUUAGACAAGUGCAGAGAGUGUUUAUCCCCUGAAGCACAAUCAUAAAUGGAAUUGAACGGUUGUGCUUACACAAAGCGACUUAAGAGACCGAAAAGCGUACCAACAAAUUCGCUGCAGCAGCAACGACGGCUGUGGGAGAGGGAGAGAGUGACAGCCAAGGCGGCGAGGAAGAGGGAGACGGCGACGCACGGAUCUAGAGAAAAAGUAGCCGCUGCUGCUGCCGCGGCUUGAAAAGAAGAAAUCGCAACGCGGCUUGGGGCCCUACUAGUUGGCCAACAUUAAACAAUAAAUAUAUAAGUAAUAAGAACAAAACUAGAUUAAUCAUGUGUGAGGUGUGCGCCGAUUUCCAAAAUCUCCUAGAGUUGUAUGAAGUGCGUGUGUCUAGCUCAGAGUUGAAAUUUCAGCUUCUUUUAAAGAGCGAAAUCGAGACGACAUUUAACUACAUCCAAUCCUGGCCCCAGCGCCAAUGUAUGUGUCUCUAUCGGGACACCAAGAAUUAUGAUCGGUUCAAUUUGGUUGUGCAGUCCCUCAUUUGUCUGACUGUGCAACAUCUGAAGCAUAUUGAUCAUCUUAUUGAAAAUUAUAAGCGGCUAACCGCCAGUGCCGCUCAAGUGGUUGCUCAGGCUCAACAACAACAACAGCUACAGCAGCAACAACAACAACAAAGAGAAUCCAAUAAUGAUGCAGAUUUCCAAACGGAUGGUGAGAUCAAUAUCAAGCAUAAGGAGGCUACCACAAAGGAGAAUAGUAAUCACAAUAAAAAGACGAGUGAUGAAGCCGACACCGGCACUGGCACUGCUGAAUUAGACGAGAAGCAGGGAUCGGGCGAUGGAAUUACAAUUAAAAGGCCAAUUGGUCCCAGCACUCCACCUCCAUUAACUCCGCCACCUCAGCAACCUGCCACAUCAGUUUCCUCAUCAGCAGCGUCCUCGUCGUCAUCAUCAUCAUCAAUAAAUCCAUCCAAUGCCAAGCCCCUGCAUCCCAUGCAGUAUACGGAGGAGCCCUGGAUAUUACCUGAAGUGGAGAAACUUCUAGUGCUCGUCUCCAAAGUAUUCCUGCUCAAUUUCCCGCUCUACAUUGCCCACAAGCAUGGUAUGCACUCGCGCCUCGAUGACCUACAGGCGGAGGAAGCUCAUCAUUUGGCCCUCAUCUGUGAUCUGCACGACAAUGAUCUUCCAAUAUACCUGCUACGCAAUGUUAGCCUGUUCUGCAACUCAGGAGGCUUUAACGCCAUGUCCAUUUGCUUUGAGCAUCCCGAUUUGCCGGUGUCCACCGCCCAUUCCAUGACUGCCACCGUAUCGAAUGUAAAGCUCUGGCUAAACUAUCACUGUAACACGCAGCUGUUUGUUCCGCUCCGUAGCCGAAUUUUGCAGUAUAUGUGCAAGUUAUCCGAUCAGAAUCUUCGAUCGGCGGCCACCAGAGCAAUGGCAGAUUUCGUAUGGUCCUCCAUGCGAGAUCCCCUUGAUGUUGCUGUCAACUUUGAUACAGAGGGUCUUGCCCUGGCGUUUAAGUACUUCACAUCAACCACACUGACUAUGCGGCUAGCGGGGAUGGCCCAAAUAAAUGCUCACAUCAAUCUUUUCAAUGAGAUUUGCACCACUGAGACUGUAAAUGAAGUGGAGUUAUUUGGACAGAGGAUCGCCAAUUGGUUAACUGAGAAUCACAUUGUGCAGCACUUGUUUGGCCCGAACCUGCAUGUAGAGAUUGUCAAACAAGCCCACGUAUUGCUUAAUUUUUUGGCUGUCGAAAAUCAAAUCUCCGAGGAGGAUAUCAAACUUAUUUGGCAGGCAACACAGCUGAAGCAUUGCUCCAAAACUAUUUUUGAUAUAUUGCCAUCGCUCGUGAAGAAUUUAGCUCCACGUCCCGCCAUGCAUUUGUAUUCGUUGCUUUGUCGUAUGGACCCCAAGGAGCACACGGAGCAGAGUAUAUAUAUUGCCUCGGCUCUGACCAAAUUGUUGUGGACAAGAGAUUGUUCGAGAAGUCAGAUGAACCUGAUGCAGGACCAUCUGUUGGGAUCGAAUGUGACUGCUUCCAGUUCGGACAGUGGCAGCAUUGAGGGUAGCAAUACAGAGGAUGAUCAUGUGGGUGCCGACGAUAGUAGCAUAGCUAGCGGUGGAGGCGGUGGUGAUGGUCAUAAGAGUCCCAUUGAUGGCGUGCCUCCAUGUAAACAAGCAAGGCAUAGGCGACACAUCUGCGAUCCCACAACCGAAAAGGGUAAACAGCUAAGUGCUGAGGAUCUGGCCAAAGUGGAUAUAAAAAAUCAUCGCAUUGUUAACAUCAUUGACAAUACCAGCAGCGAGGAGGAAUUGCAGUCAAGGGCUGCCUUAGAAUUGCAGCUCCAUCGCAGUCGAAAGAAGACCAGUAACAAGCGACGUCGCCAAAAGGUGGCCAAUAAGCAAAUACUUUUGCCACACGAACUUGUCGAGAUCUGGGAUGGCGCCGAAGAUGUGCCAAGUAGUGAUGACGUCGAUGCCGAUGGCGAUGGCGAGCUGCUCGCAGACAGCGAUGAUUGUAGCGACGGCGCAGCUAGUCAGCUGCCUGCUGCCGUUCUGAAGCAUCUCCAUGGCGAAGGUCCCUAUAUAAGGGCAAUUGCUGAGACCAACAUUAGCGAGCUACUGAGUGGAGCUGAAAAUGAUGGCAGUUACUCUUCGCCAAUGAGCAACAAGUCCGAGAAGAAUCUCGCCGAUUUCGACGACGAAGAUGUCUCGCCCUGCGAAGAGGAACUGGCCCAGCUAGUCAACUCUCAUGCUGGUCGAGUGGCUGCAGCAGCAGCUGCUGCUUCCGGUGCCAACUGUCGAGACGUUCCACCAGCAUUUGCUGCUGCUGCAGCAGCCAUGAUGGUGGCACAAUCUGCCAUGGCCAUGCAGAAGUCAGGUGAAACAAAUGUGGCCGCAGCUGCUGCUGCAGUGGCUGCUGCCGCUGUGGCCACUGGAACGGCACAACAAUCUCUGGUUGCCAUGCGGCAACAGGCGAAUGCAGCUGCAGCGGCUGCUGCCGCCGCUGCUGUUGUCCAGGCGUCCGUGAAAUCAAAAUCCGAUUCUGAUGUCGAAUUACUAGAAGCAACGAUAGGAGUAAGCGGCAAGCAGCAACAUCAUUCGCCCAAGGCAAAUAGCUCGUCUGCAUCUAGUAGUACACCUGUGCAGCCUUCGUUUAAACUGAAUGAUGUUUGCCAACCUGGAAACACAUUGCUGUGGGAUCUGCUGCAGGACGAUAAAAUUGGCCAACUGGGUGAAUCUCUUGCUUUGGAGGCCGAAAAGGCAUUAGCCACAUUGCUCUGCUUCAGUAUGGACCGUCAGUUGAGGACCAAAUUCAUUGAGGGAUGCCUGUACAAUGUGGCCAACAAUCGAAGCGUUAUUGUCAGUUUGCGGCUAUUGCCGAAACUAUUUGCCUCGUUCCAACAGUUCCGUCCCGCAGACACGCACUCCAUGACUCUGUGGGCGGAGCGAACUCAUCGAAUGAUGCCCUGCUUCUUCAAUAACAUUCGCCACUAUGCCAGGAGGCAUGCUGAAUUGAUAGUGAACCAGAAUGGCGAGCAGCAACAUUAUUUGCUGCACAUGGGCGAACAACUUUACUCACAUAAGACACAGGUUUCGGUUCGGCUGCAGUUUCUCUCGUCGAUCUUCUCCACAGUCGGUUCGCCAAAGACCUUUCGCCUCACACUCGAGCAAUUGGAUGCAUUGUGGGAGUGGCUGGCGCAUGAUCCCGAAUGUGCGGAUUGUUAUUUCUCCUGGUUGCAAGCACAGGCCAAGGGUGGGGAUCAACAUGCAUUGGGUAUUGAUGCAUUGCAGCAUUUGUAUUUAAAGAAAUUGCCAGAACUGAGGCCAGAGGAGUUCUCCAUGGUGGCUUUGGGAUUGUUCCAGCAGCUCUGCAACUUUGCACGUAUUGCCAUGGCUGAAUAUGAUAAGCAAAGGGAACAGAUCUCAUCCAGUGCCAGUGCUGUCGGCAUGUAUCAUCUAUGGAAGAUUGCUUUGCGAGCCCAAAGCAAUGAAGUUUCUCUGGCUGCCAUUCAAUAUAUUAAUAUGUACUAUAUGGGUCAGCAACUCCGUCUGGAGAAGGAGUUUGUAUCCCAGUGCAUGGAUAAUUUGGUCCAAGCAGCCACGGCCCUGGAAAGCAUUGAGGAUGAAAAUGCGUUGAUGCGUGUGCAACGUGGACUACUUCUGUUGAACACGCACUUGGACACAUUCCGGCGGCGAUAUGCUUUCCAUCUGCGUCGAUGGGCCAUAGAGGGCAAGGGUGUUGGUUCCCAUAGCAAUCUUAAGAACGAAGGAGCCGGUCCGCCCCUGCGCAUUGUGCUCCAGCAGGCGGGUUUAUCUGAGAAAAGCCUCCUGCAGAUGCAUGCCUGUGAUUUGAUAGCCGAUCUCAAAGCAGAGAUUUCAAAAUGGUGGGAAAGCCUGCAAACAGGCAUGACAGCACCGGUAUUGGGUCUUCUGUUAAGUGAUGGACCACUGCGCAUUAUUACACAGGGACAGGAACUGACUUCUGACUACGAUGAGCGCACUUUGGGGGAUGCGGGCUUUAAGGACAAUCAAAUUGUUUAUGUAUCGCUUGGCGGUCGUGGAGCUCGUCGUAAGGAAUCCAAUUUAGAGCAUCCAUCGAUGUUGCCACCACCUCCAAAGGAAUGCCUGCCAACAGUGUUGUUACUGCAACCCAAAUACUUUGAAAAGCUCUUCUGUCUGAUGCAAACAUUGGGCGACAUGAAACCGCAGACAUCAACCAUACAUCUACAGCAUCACACAAAGGCUCAGCUGUUGUCGCGUCGUGUUUGGGAUAUAUUGGCCAUGCUGCCGACUAAUCCUCAUAUUUUGGAUGCCUUCAAGAGUCUGGUGCUCGAACAGAGUGAGCUCGAUCAAUUGGAAUUGUCUGUCGCCGAGGAGAAGGAGGAACAACUGAUCAAUAAGCGCAAGCAAAUAAAACAAAAGUUCAAUGAACUGCUUGAUCCCAGCAAUUUACAAAAAUUUAUGUACUCACUGCACAUUGUCGAGAGUCUGGCCCUGAGUAGUGGCAAUAGCCGCCGUGAGAGGGACCGGGAACGAGAGGCCAACAGCAAUGGCAGCCAUACGAGUCUUGUCAUCAGUGAACAACCGCGGUCCAAGAAGAGCAGUGGAAAUAGGCGAAGAAAUAGCAAUGAACAGCAGCAGCAACAACAGCAUAUGACGACGACUCCAGAGUCAAAGCGGAGCAAUAUCAGUGAUAGUAGCAAGGAGCAACAUUUAAGUAGCUCCGAGCCCGAGGGUCAGGGAACAUCUGCAGAGAUGGACACGGAAGCCUCCAGCAGUGGCGGUGACAAAGAGAAUCAACCCAAGCAACAUAGUAAGCGGCGCAAGAAGAGCGAAACUGUGGAACAAGAGCGUGAUCGGGAUCGUACGCUGGACUGUGUUACUCCACCAUCGCCUGUAACUGCGCCACCGCCGCCGCCAUUGACUACUCUAGCACAUUCGAACUCAAAUGCCGGUUCACCACAUCUUCUUGCUGACAAUAAGUGGAGUGAGGCAUUCAUUAAAUGCGGUGGUUUGAGGCAUCUCUAUGAGAUCUUCAGUUCUGGCCUACUACAGCGCAGCACACAUCCCAAGGAGGUGGCGCUAAAUGAAUGGCGACACGAUUGCCUUGCUAGUUUGUUGCGCAUUCUUUGGCUGCUGGGUUUUGAGGAGUUGCAGUCUCCGGAUAUUCACGUACUUAUGUCACGUCCACACGCCUUUAUGCUAAAGUUAAUGGAAGUGCCGUCAUGUUUACGAAGAUUGUCCAGCAUUCUCAACGACGAGGUCUAUCAACAUCCUACGGCGAACUCUCUAGUGUUCCCCUACCAGUUUCAUCAGCUGCGGACCGGCUUUUGGGGAAGGGCCCAACUCAUUCAAUUCACAAUGAACAUAUUGGUUAGCUUUGUCCAUGCAUCGCCAGAGGCUCGUUGUUUACUCUGGUCACAAGCAGAUCACAGCAGUUGGCUUCAAAAGUUCAUUCUAGAGGAUCCAGAGCCAUCGGUGCGGCGUGAAAUCUGUGCGGGACUCUAUCGCAUUUGUCUGGGCAAUGUGCAGAGCUAUCGACUGCUUUUGGCUCCGUUGUUGCACAAAUUGAUUGCUUUGUUGCCGCUGGCCGAGCAGAUGACGUCGACAGUUCAGCACGCACAAUUCCUGCUAUCCGAGGAGGGCAAGGAACCCUAUGGUCCCGCCUGCCGAGAUUACUUCUGGCUCCUGGCCAGACUUGUGGACACCUUGUCACCCGAAAUGGUAGACGAAGAGCACAUUGACAUUGAAAGACUCUGCGAGAGUAUAUCGCAAAGUAUUCUUACCCGCGAAUAUUAUGAACUGCGCCAUGGUUUCCAGGAUGAUGGUUUGGUUGGUUUGCUUAAUCUCAUGUCAAAUCUCAUCAAAUACGACACGAGUUUCAAGUAUACGCCCAAAGCACUGAGCUUUAUUGAGCAGUUGAUUGGUUUCCUGUUCGAUAUGCCGUCGCCCGCGGAUCGGCAGAAGCCCAAAUGUAAGUCGGGCACCUCCCGAGCCGCUGCUUACGAUUUACUGGUGGAGUUGUGCCGAGGAUGUGCCACCAAUUACACUUAUCUACAUAAUAGGCUGUUGUCGCAGCAUAAAUCUGGACCCAAGCAACCAUAUCCCUGGGAUUAUUGGCCACGGGAUGAAGGAAGAUCAGAAUGCGGCUAUGUGGGACUGACCAAUUUGGGUGCCACCUGUUAUAUGGCUUCCUGUAUCCAGCAUCUGUAUAUGAUGCCACAAGCCAGAGCGGCAAUUCUGCGAAUUCCCCCUGCAGGUGCCCUCAAACAUGGAUCUACGCUAAUGGAGAUGCAGAGGAUGUUUGCCUACCUGUUGGAAUCGGAACGAAAGGCCUAUAAUCCGCGAAGUUUUUGUCGUGUCUAUCAGAUGGAUCAUCAACCUUUAAACACGGGCGAGCAGAAGGACAUGGCUGAGUUCUUUAUAGAUCUGGUGUCAAAAUUGGAGGAGAUGACGCCCGAUCUAAAACAUUUGGUUAAACGUCUUUUCUGUGGCACUCUCAGUAACAAUGUUGUUUCGUUGGACUGUGGCCAUGUCUCACGCACUGCUGAGGAAUUCUACACGGUUCGUUGUCAAGUGGCAGAUAUGCGCAAUCUGCAGGAGUCACUGGAUGAAGUUACUGUCAAGGAUACUCUGGAGGGUGAUAAUAUGUACACCUGUUCGCAGUGUGGCAAGAAAGUGCGAGCCGAGAAACGCGCUUGCUUCAAAAAGUUGCCCCAAAUAUUGUGCUUCAAUACGAUGCGAUAUACCUUCAAUAUGGUCACCAUGCUCAAGGAGAAGGUCAACACGCAUUUCUCUUUUCCGCUGCGACUCAAUAUGUGCCACUAUGUGGAGAAGACAUUGAUGCCGCAGCAGUAUAAGGAGGAGCGAGAGAAGCGACAGAACGCGGAGGCGACAGGGGAUGAGAACGAAAAGGCUGAAGCAACAUUGGAUGCGGAUAUUGAAGAGUGCUAUGAAUAUGAGCUGGUUGGCGUCACUGUGCACACUGGUACGGCAGAUGGUGGUCACUAUUAUAGCUUUAUUAAGGAGCGGACGAGAAGUACCUAUCAUCCCCAUGAACGGUGGUUUCUCUUCAAUGAUGCUGAGGUCAAACCCUUUGAUCCCUCACAAAUUGCUGCCGAAUGUUUUGGUGGUGAGAUGACGAGUAAAACCUAUGAUUCGGUGACGGAAAAGUAUUUGGAUUUUAGUUUCGAGAAAACCAAUUCCGCAUACAUGCUAUUUUAUGAGCGACGACUGCCAGAGCAUCUGCAACGACGGCAUUCCGAAUUAUUGGUCACCCCGACGCCGAGUCCCACAGUUGAAGAUAAGCCAGAUGGAGAUGAAGCAACGAAAAUGGAAGUAAGCUCUAACGAAAGUAAACAAGAUGAACUUGAGCAGGCAGAGCCGGCGAAUAAGACAUCGGAUAAAGAAAAGGAAAAGGCGGACGAUCCUAAGGAUGAGUCAACCGUAUCCAAAGGCGAGAAACUUGAGGAUAAGAAUGAACAGGAGGAGCAAAAGCAAAUAACAGCCAAUUGUGAUAAAUCUAAGCCAAGCAACAGCAACAACACGAGUAACAGUAGCAACAAUAGCAGCAACUGCAAUGCAAAUGAACAGCCAUUGGCAUCCACCUCAAAGGCUGCUCAUAAAUUGCAGCUAUUUCGUCCAUUUUUGAAUAAAGAGCUUGAAGAUUGGAUCUGGCAGGACAAUCGACAAUUCCUCCAAGAUCGAAAUAUCUUCGAGCACACCUAUUUCAACUUCAUGUGGCAAAUCUGUGGACAUAUACCGCAAACAUUGAACUCCGAGAAGGAUGUGACUUGCAUGGCCGCCAAGCUGUCCGUUUCAUUCUUCAUCGAGACAUUCAUACAUGCCAAGGAAAAGCCCACAAUGGUGCCAUGGGUUGAGCUACUGACUAAGCAAUUUAAUGCCAGUCAAGAUGCCUGCGAAUGGUUCCUAUCGCACAUGUCACUGGAGCCGUUUUGGCCGGUACAGGUGCUUAUCCAAUGUCCCAAUCAAAUGGUGCGUCAAAUGUUUCAGCGUCUGGUCAUCCAUGUCAUACAGAGAUUACGUGCCUCACAUGCAGACCUCUAUUUGGAUGUGGAAACAGAUGAGGAUGAUAAAGAGCUAAUUGGUCAGACCUCUUGUGUGACUCGCUUCAUUGGUUCACUAAUCUCACUUCUUGAGCAUGGGGCGCGCUCUCAUUUGCGUCACCUUUCGGAGUAUUUUGGUUUACUAUGUGAAUUCUCUCGCAUGGGUGAUGAAGAGGCCAUGUUUUUACUGAGAGUUGGCAUACUUAAAAGCCUAGUGGACUUCUAUUUGGGACACAAACAAACGGAUAGCAUUGACAUCAGUUCGGAUAAUGAGGACAACUCGUCGGAUGAGGCUUUGUCGGUGGAGAAAAUGAGACCAGCCUCACUUGACAAAAUGAUAGCAUUGUGUGCCAGUCUCGUUGAAAGAUCGCGCGGUGCUGACUUUCGUUUGCGCCUCUCACCCAAAGAUUUCAGUGCCAUCGCCGGUGGCAAGGGAUUCCCAUUUUUGUAUCAACAAAUAAAGGAUGGCAUUAAUCCGCACCAGACAAAGCAUUUAAUCUAUGCGCUCUGUCGCUGGGAAGAGCAUCUGGCCACACAAAUAAUCAGCAUGCUUUUCGCCUCUGUCACAAAGCACACCGAAUUGUGUACGCCCUUCUUUAAGCUGUUAACCCUAUUGACUGAGACCCAAGGCGGGCCAGUGGGGCUGCCCUGUUUCACCCAGCUUAUACUGCCACGGAUGUGGGAUGCCGCCGAAUACUGCCCACAAUCGGUUCUCGAUUGGCUCUCGCUGCAAGCCACCAAGAACAAAAUUGCCCAUGCCUGGAUUUUGCAAUCCGCUGAACAGUGGGUAGAGCAAUUUCUGCUUGCCCAUGACAAUACGCGCGUUCGAAAUGCUGCCGCUUGUCUGUUGGUUGCUCUUGUGCCAUCGCAGCCCUUCCGUGCCAAUUUUAGAGCGCAUUCGCAGCAUAAAUUAUUGGCCCUCAAUCCGCAUAGCUAUCGGGACAUUAACACCGAUGCCCAAGCAGUGCUCCAUCAGGUUAUCACUUUGCUUUUGAGACUGCUGCGUCCAGCUCGAGUUUAUGCGGAUAUUGGUGCCCAUGGUACCACAAAGCUGACUGCUUACUUCAAUCUGCUCAGCUAUUGUAUGGUUUCAAAGACUGAAAAACUAAUGAUAGGAUCGUUCAUGCGUUCCUUGUGGGAAUUAUUUCAUCCGCGACUUUCGGAACCCAGUGUACCGGCUCAUCAUAACAAACAUGCGCUGCUCACCUUUUGGCAUCAUUCGCUAGUUGAUUGCCCGGAGAAUGCAGCACUGGUGGCCAAUUGCCCGGAGAUAACAAGGAAUAUUGCAUUUAACUACAUAUUGGCUGAUCAUGAUGAUGCUGAAAUUGUUACCUACAAUCGUUCCAUGUUGCCGGCUUACUAUGGAUUGUUGCGUCUGUGCUGUGAACAAAGUCGCGCUCUCACACGACAAUUGUCCCAACAUCAGAAUCUUCAAUGGGCUUUCAAGAACAUUACUCCGCAUCCCACUCAAUAUGCGGCAGCUGUUGAUGAGCUAUUCAAGCUGAUGGCAUUGUUUGCCACUCGUCAUCCGGAUGCCAGCGAGCAGGAGAAACUCGAUGUCACUCAAUUUAGGCGGGCAGUAAUUAUGUCCUACACAAGUAGUCUGGAUGCUAGAGUAUCGUGGUCGACACUAAUCAGUGCAUUGAAAAUACUGGUGGACAACGAGGAUGAUCGCAUGUUGGUCAUAUUUAACGGAGGCAUUGAAAUGUGCUGUGAGGCUCUGCAUACACUACAUUCCAUGCAUCAUGAGGCUACUGCCUGCCAUGUGGCAGGGGAUCUAUUUGAUUUGCUUGGCGAAAUGAUGCUGCUGUUGGCCACAUUGCGCACACGCACCGACAGUCCCGCCCAGAAGAAGCAACAGCUGGAACAGCAAUUGCAAUUGCAGCAGCAACAGCUUCUGCAAAAACAGCAACAGACGCAGUGCACCCAAACCCCACAGACACCACACCAGAAGGAAAAACAAUUGCAACAGCAAAUGCAGCAGCAUUUGCAGCUGCAGCAACUGCAACAAAUGCAAUUUCAGCAACAGCAUUUCUUACGCCAACAACAUCAACACUCUGCCUUGGCCAAAGCUUUGCCGGAUGCCAUCAAACGUCUGGCCACACUCCUCAACACAUUCAACUCGCCAGAGAUUAGUCGCAUGACAUUGGAGGUACUCAAAGAGCUGGUGCGAAACACAAGUCUGGAAGCCACUAGCAUUUUAGCCCCCAUUCUGAUAAACUGCCAUUUGUCAGUGGCCAAUGCCCCGAAUGCCAUUGGACCAUUGGGUCCAUACUUUCCACGUCGUGGAGCCAAGCACCAGCACACACCUUGGCCAUUGGGUUCCAAGAAUUCACCUCGGCCACCAAGACCAAUGGUGCAGAUGUCCAUAGCCUUGUCCGAACUUACGCCGCUCGGCCUAGACGUCGAUUAUGAUGCGCAAGUAGAGGCAUUUUACAGGCCAUAUCAUGACUUUAUUGAUGUAAUGAUGCGCAUGUGCGUCAAUACUGGCACAUUAAACGAUACUCUCGUCAAAUUGCACUGCCUGGUGGCCAUUGAAUCAACCCCAUUGCACUUCAACUACUUUCCUAAGUUCUGGGUGGGCAUCCACAACAAUGCCCUAACGCACAAAUACUCUGAGCUCCUGGUGAAGAAUCAACUUUUGGUUGAGUAUCUGCACAAUGUACUUAGGGAUGAGAGAAGCAUGCUGAAGGACGCCUGCGUGCGGGAAUUUCUCGAGCUCUAUUAUCACAAGGUGGCAGCUCAACUUCCUGUGGCACGCAUGAUCUACACAAUAAACUAUGGCAUGCACUCUAAGGAUGACAUUGAUGAACUGUGCGGCGAUCUGUUUGCUAUCAGGAUAAUUGCCCAGGCAACAGGUGUGCCAGCAUCAGUGCGCAAAGAGCUCCGUGGAUCGUUAAGAGCAUUGCAGAAUAAGGGUGAACGCUUUCGAAAGGAAACAGAGCGGGAUCAACUGCCAAAUAAGAAGCAGAAGCGUGAAUCCGGCAGGGAAAAGGAUAAUGAACAGACCAAAGGGGGGGCGGCAGCCGAGGAUGAAAAAAGUGAGACUGUGGCGGGUGAAACUACAUCUUUAAUUGAGACAGCGAAACCUACGGAUGUGUCCAUGGAAGUGUCUAGUGAUGCCAAUACGGAUACCAUUAUCAAACCACCAACACCCUCUGGCAGUGAAGAUGAUCAAAUGGAGAGCACCUCAUCGGAAAGGUUAGAGAAAACCUCGCUGCCCUCAUCCGAUGAUGAAACCGAGUUGGAGGAUGAAUUGGAGCCCACGCCUAAGCGUAACAAAAAGUCUAUAAGCAAAAAGACAGCCCAGGAUCGGAUCAACGAGGAUCGUGAAAAGCGAUUGACCACACUGAUAACCAUGGAAUCCUACAUUCAAAGCAUUUUCACCAUCAUGAAACGUGAACCUGGUGCCGCCCCUAGCACGUCAACAACCUGCAAAGAUCAGGCGGACGAGCAAUCACUGGAGACAGCCUCUACAUCGGCUGCUGCGUCAGCCAAGGCCAGGCCAAAAGGUGCUUACACUCCACCUGAACCAAUGCCGGAAGAAAUUGAUCCGAAAUCCUGCAGCAUGGAAUUGGAAUCGAUGUUUUGUCGGCGAACAGAAAACGAUACGUCCGAAUAUGAGACGACAUCGCAACCAUUGCGACCAUCACCACCGCAGUCGCCAACAGCCACAGUAUCUAAUGGUAGUCAGCCAACGGAAUCGCCGCCAGCUGUUGUUGUUGAUAUGGCUGCCCCCGUCGUUGCGUCCACGUCCCAGGCGGCAAGUCCGACACAAAUCUAGUUGUCGUUCAACGAUUUGCUCAGCAUUUUGUUUUUCGGCAAGCCACUGGACUGAUAAUGGGCAAAUGUACCGGAUAAAUAUAUGGCGACAAAAAAGCCAUAGCCAGAUGAAUUUUUGUUGACCCAAGGUCAACAUGGUGAUUAACCCGAUGUUGGUGCUAAAACAAUUACCAGGUGGGUGAGGAUAAAGGAGUGUAGACAACACAGCGCAACAUACAUGCAGAAGAAAUAUAUAUAUAUAUAGAAAUGCUAGCUUAGCAGCAUACAUAACAACA